UCAUCGUGGAAUGUCAGCAGACACGCCCACUACUUCCAUCUUAGCCAUGUGGAUAUGACCACAAGCGAUCGCUCGACGCUUCGGACUGUUUAUACAUUUUAACUCAUAUUGCACGUGAGCAGAAUGUCCGAGUCAGUGUCGAGGUUUCAGGCGGAGGUGUCGGCCGUUAUGGAGGUUUUACUAAAGGUGGCCGUCGUGGAGAUAACGAAAGUUUUUGAGGGUCGCUCACUGGACUCUCAUGGCUGCACGGUCAAAACAGGAGAUCAGAUCCAAACAGAUUUGGUUUCUGUGCCGGACAUCAGGGCUCAUAUGCAAAAUGCAUUGACUAAUAUGUCUGAUAAGACGGUUUGUAGCGUCGGCGUGCAGGUGGAGGAGACGAUGCUUGCACAAAACAACGAUGACGGCACAUCCAAUGAGAAAGACAGUGUUUGUCAACAGGAUUGCAAAGCAUUGGAGGGCUUGUGUCCCUCUGAAAGCCUCUGUAAUGUUGAUCUUCCCUGCUCCAUCUUCAUUGACAAUGGGGUUGGUGUUGGAAAAGCAGACUGUAUAACUGACUGUCCAUGGAUAGGUGACUUUAAAAAGCCAGAGACAAUUCAGGAGAAUGGUCUUCAAGGACUUGUAGAGUCGUCCUCAUGCUCUGUAGUGAAUCCAGAGAUCAGCCCAUUCAACUCUGUUGUAGUUAGCAUUCCCAGUGAAGACCUCAACACAGACACUAUUGGCCAGCUGGACCUCGGCCUUAUGGAUGUAAAUCCUUUAUCCAUUGAUGAGACAUCCCAUGUAGAUCCUCCUCAGUCCAGUGGUACUAUUGCCAAACCCGUUCAUCUUAGCCAGGUAACCAGUAAAAGCACUAUAGAGGCCAGACACGCAUCCAAUUUAAAAAAGGUGCGUUUCCAGCUCAGCCAAACACCUUUUGAUUGUAAACUGUUGAGGCCUUGCUCUGUGCAACUGGUGAAUCUUCUGAUGUUGUCAAGUUCGGUUAAAAGGACAAACGGUGCCAGCAGUAAAUGCCCAUCUGCACACAAAGAUCUGCGAACCCAUCAGAAUACCCAUACGGGACGCAGACUCUGCUGCUUUACGGAGUGCGGUAACGGCAUUUGGCGUCUUCAAGGGGUCCUCACGCGCGGCCACCCUCUCGUCUGCAAGAUCUGCGGCAAAAAGUUCAAACGCAGGAAGACCUUGAAAAGACACGAGCGCUUUCAUACGGGCGAAAAGCCGUACUCGUGCAGAAAGUGCAAAAAAAGAUUCGCGCUUCGGAAGAGCUUGAGAAGGCACGAGAGGUUUCACACCGGAGAAAGACCUCACAACUGUCCUCACUGCAGAAAGGCCUUCCGUCUCAAAAACAAUCUCAAGGCUCACCUGCGCUUUCACACCGGUGAAAAGCCUUUCCCUUGCAACCUGUGCUCCAAGAGUUUUCGGAUCUCGAAGAACCUGGAGAAACACAGACUGACUCACGCCGCGGCAGGUAGAUGUCAAUCUGUUAACCCGUGAUUGUGUUUGCUUUCGAUCUAAUACCAGACACUCCUACCUCACCUAAGAACCACUGGAUCUAAACAAUAAUUGUGUUAGAAAGUUGAAGCACAUCAGGGGUGGGUUUCCCGAAUAAUGCAAAACUCGCUGCUGAACCUGCAUGGUUGGAGAAACUAGCUAGUCACGACUGUCAGCUAUCCACUUUAUUGCACAUCCGUCGUUUGAACCAUGUUGGUUCAACAGUGUAGAUGAUGAUGUCAUGUAGGGCGGUGGUGUUCGAAUGAAUCAUCGAUUCUCAUGUGUGUCUCAUCAGUAAAGCCAGUUCGGUGAUUAGUAAUAAAUCGCCAUUACCUGCUUUCAGAUGGAGCACCAUUUACUACACAAAGCUGUAUUUCACUGAAAGCUAGGCAAAACCGCGUUCAUAACCGUGGAAAAUCGUCUCAGAUUAUGAAUGUGAUUUUGCCUUGCUUCUUGGUGAAAUACGGCUCUGUGUAGUAAAUGGCGCUCCAUUUGAAAGCAGGUGAUGCCACUACUAAUCACCGGCUUUACCGAUAAGACACACAUGAGAAUCGGAAGCUCUAUAUAACGUACAUUGCAUCUGAAAACUGAUAUUGUUAUCGUAUUUUAGUUCUCUGUUGUUUUAUUUCAAGCUAUACCACAGGGCUGUUGAAUGCUGUAUUCUGAUUGGCUGAGAAAUGUUCAAUGGGUGUUGAUUAUUUUUCUGUAAACAGCACACCUAACCUGUCAAAUGUCUUAAAAAUAAACACCAGAGCAAUAUUUGUUGUAACCAACCGUGGUAUAAUCGUUAUAAUUAAGCUUGCACAAUAAUGCACACCCACGGUCGUGCCGCAUUACCACCUUGGGGUGCAUUAUUUUCUUCAAAUCCAAUGGCCCGUCGUCAAUUAUUUCUUAGAUAUUUCAUUAAGUUACUCCUCCCAGGGAUUCCCCAGGGUCUUAAAGCCCAUAUUUUACACCCAUGCUCACUUUUCAAAAACAACUCUUUAAGUUGGCCAACAAUGAUUUUGGGAAACACACCCCUGGUCAUCUUUUUGUUAAGUGAUCAGUCAGUUUUAUUCCUGAUUUUGAGUUGUAAAGGGGAGUUUUGCAUCUUGAUCAGGAAUUUUCUUCGGUUGUAAAUAUUUGUUGUUAUUCUCUUUUUGUUAUCAUCAGAUGAUGUGUGCACAAUAUCAUUUUCAUUUUUUUAGGUAAAUGAGUGUAAUAUCUGGUGUGUCUGAAGCAUUGGAGAGAACAGUCACAACUGUUGUACAGUCGGUCCCUGCGUUAUGUAGACUUCACAGAUACUGAGGUCUUGGCUUUUUGGAUGUCGGCUUUUCUCCAAACUUCUGGCAUUUAACUGGUGUCUUAACAUCCAUUCAGAUAUGAUUUCAGCUAUCUGGACUUAUUCAAGAGGAUUCAUGUACUGAUAUACACACUGGAGAUAAUCUGAAGCUGUAUAGUUAACUAUUCCUUUACUAUCUUUACUAAAAACAAAAAAAAACAUACGAGCUCUUGCUCACAUUUUCUACUGUGGAUUUUAUAUCUUCUUUCUUAUAUUUUGAUGUGUGCUCUGUUUAGACAAAGUUAACGUUUCCAAAUGGUCAUAGUGGCUGUAGCGUUUUAUAAACGAAUCUUUGGUUUUCUGUGCACAUUUUGUUUGUUUUUUACACCGGAAUAUUUUGUCAAAUUUGUGCUUUAGAUUGAUAUUGUAAAAGAUUUGAGAACAAAAUGACAUUUCUUACUUGCUGUCAAUCAUUCCUCAUAGCCAUUAUGACCAAACCUUUGUAUAUUUCUUUUGUAAUAAAUAAUCA